GAUAUCAAAGAUGAAAACCCUGAAAAAGCAACCCGAAACCGCAGUGAAACUAACUAGUUGUUUCCCCUUCCUGGAAGAAACCAUUUCCUUAUUGUCCAAGUGAGCAGCCUCUACUAAAAGAACUGAUUUGCCAACCAAAAACGCCAAUUCACUCCAGAUGAUCAUUGUGCUUUCCUUCGAAGUUUCUCCAAAGUUCAAUAUUUCCUGCAUUGUAUUUCUACCAUCACAUUCACUAAAAAGGGUGUCGUGGAUUGCAUACCCAGAAGGUGAAGACGGAGUUCAAGCUCCGAAGAAGUCGAUCAAAGCAUGUGGAAUAAUAACAUCCAGCCCACCCUGGAGAUGGAUGCAAAGUGGUGCAAAGUGAGUAACAACUACAAAGAAUUGACAUUCAUCAAUGGUAAACAAGAGAAACGAGUCCAGUACCUUGAAACAAGGGCUAUGCACCUAGCCAUGUUCUACAUCGCCUUCCAAUCCAUUAUUUUCCUGUCAAUUUCCAAACCCUCAGCCCUCCAAUGUAGCAGUUGGUGGAAACCUUUCUCUCUUUCUGUGUUGAUUGCCUUUGUCUUUGCCCUCAAUUUUGCAACCACCAUCAUCAAAUAUAUCCGUACGCAAUAUCAGUAUGACCUGAACUUAAUGGACCAGCAGGACAAUUAUGAAGAGAUGGUUUUGCUUGAAAGUCAGCAGAUAGAGAUAGACAUAGACAUGGAUGACACGGAUGACAUGGACAGGCCUGGAUACGGGGCUUUUGAUCUGCCCAGGUCAUCCUCAAGGCGAAAAGAGAAGCAACAGAAACCAGAUAUGUUUGUAGUGUGCCAAAGGUACACGCACAUCUGGGUGACGGUUUCUGCCAUGCUUGCCUUCACAGCUUUGGUCUUGCAUACAUGUCGCUCAUCAGUCUGUGGUGGUGCCUAGAUGUUGGACUUAAUUUAGAAUAUGUUUAAUACACUAUAAUGUUGUGUUCAUGUAUUAGAGUCUUGGGAUUGUAAGAGUCACACGUUUACGUUCAAUGUGUCUUGAUAUAAGCACAUGUGAAGAUACAUGCCUAGGUUUAAUGUUUGAGAGUCUUUACGUAUCCAAAGACCUCUAAAGAAAGAGGUAGGUGUUCACUUGUGAAUUACACAAGGAAGAAGUUUAUCGUAAAGAAAUUAGAGUUUUCUUAUGUCUCUUUAGGAGCUCUGUAUGGCCUUCGGGUCAUACAUCUCUACAAGUCUCUACUUUACACAUGUUUGAUUUGUAUUUUAUUUACUAUUAGUGCUCACCAUGUUUUGCUAGCAUCUAGAAA